CUCAAUGACAUCAUCUGGAUCCACCAAGCAUACCAUUGGAAAGAUGGUAACUUUAUCUGCAAAACAAACCCUUAAAAUAGAAUUUCCACUAAGCCAAUUGAGAGAACCAUGCCUCCAAAGUAUGUACCCUGAACACGGAUUUUGACUUAGCCAAAUUCUGCCUUUCUUCUUCCCAACUUCGAUAGCUUCUUUGGCAAGUAAUUGUGACUUGUAGAAGUGUCCAAUUUGGAUCAUAUCAUUACUCACAGCAGAUUUAGACCAUUGGCUUCGCAUGAACCUCCUUCAUGCGAGGAGUGACAAUUGUGGCGUCCCAUGGUCUACGAAGUUCAACAUUUCUCUUUGCACCAUAUGGAAGAUCCGAAAUGAUGGAGUUUUCAGCAACGAGAGUAAGGCUCUAUCACCGCACUCUCUUCGGCACGCCAUACACAUCAAGGUGAAGCUCUGGCAUUUGGCAUGGAUGGCGCCUUCCCCACUGCAGCUUCGAGGCCAAAACAGGCCGGACAGGGUUGCGGCUGACAUUGGGUGGGUCGCCCCUCCCCGAGGCUGGUGUAAGCUUAAUAUAGAUGGUGCUUCGCAGGGAAAUCAGGUAAAGCAGCUGUUGGUGGAGUUCUACGGGAUGAUCACAGUAGCUGUUCGGAGGCUUCGUUUACUUUAUUGGUUGUUGUUCGGCGGUGUGUGCUGAGCUAUGGGCCUUUAAGCAAGGCCUCGAGCUGGCAUAGAGAAGAGGACUGAGGUAACUCAUUGUGGAGACAGAUUCCCAGUUGGCGAUCUAUCUUAUUCAGAAUAGGACAGAUCAAGUUCACCCCCUAGCUUCGCUUCUGAACAUUAAUCGCAGGCUCUUGGCUCAGGAUUGGCUGUUUAAUGUAAGACAUACAUACUGUGAAGAGAAUAGAGUCACAGACUGGCU